AAGGAAGUGACGAGCGAUAAGGGGCGGGGCGACGUUUGAGCCGGAAGUGCCUCCCGGAUAGUAAAUAAGUCCCAAAAGACAAGAAAGACGCUGUCUCCAUCUUGUCGGGGCCUGCCGUUCGUACGACGUUGUGAAGAUGGGGAGCGUCCUGGGGCUGUGCUCCAUGGCGAGCUGGAUACCUUGUCUGUGUGGCAGCGCACCGUGCUUGCUGUGCCGUUGCUGUCCUAGUGGAAACAACUCCACUGUAACUAGACUGAUUUAUGCACUUUUCUUGCUCGUUGGAGUAUGUGUAGCUUGCAUAAUGUUGAUACCAGGAAUGGAAGAACAACUGAAUAAGAUCCCUGGGUUUUGUGAGAAUGAGAAGGGUGUCGUCCCUUGCAAUAUUCUGGUUGGCUAUAAAGCCGUCUACCGUUUGUGCUUUGGCUUGGCUAUGUUCUAUCUUCUCCUCUCUUUACUCAUGAUUAAAGUGAAAAGCAGCAGUGAUCCUAGAGCUGCCGUGCACAAUGGAUUCUGGUUCUUUAAAUUUGCAGCAGCAAUUGCUAUUAUUAUUGGGGCAUUCUUUAUUCCAGAAGGAACUUUUACAACUGUGUGGUUUUAUGUGGGCAUGGCAGGUGCGUUUUGCUUCAUCCUCAUUCAGCUUGUCUUGCUUAUUGAUUUUGCCCAUUCAUGGAAUGAAUCUUGGGUUGAAAAAAUGGAAGAAGGCAACUCACGAUGUUGGUAUGCAGCUUUGUUGUCAGCUACAGCUCUGAACUAUCUGCUGUCUUUAGUUGCGAUAGUCCUCUUCUUUGUCUACUACACUCAUCCAGACAGUUGUUCAGAGAAUAAGGCGUUCAUCAGUGUGAACAUGCUGCUCUGCGUUGGUGCUUCUGUAAUGUCUAUACUGCCCAAAAUCCAAGAAUCACAGCCAAGAUCUGGUUUAUUACAGUCUUCAGUAAUUACAGUCUACACAAUGUAUUUGACGUGGUCUGCAAUGACAAAUGAACCAGAAACAAACUGCAACCCAAGUCUGUUAAGCAUAAUUGGUUACAACACAACGAGCUCUAUUCCCAAGGAUGGGCAGUCUGUCCAGUGGUGGCAUGCUCAAGGAAUUAUAGGACUCAUCCUCUUUUUAUUGUGUGUGUUUUAUUCAAGCAUCCGCACUUCAAACAAUAGUCAGGUCAAUAAAUUGACACUAACAAGUGAUGAAUCAACAUUAAUAGAUGAUGGUGGAGCCAGAAGUGAUGGUUCUCUGGAGGAUGGAGAUGAGACUCAUCGGGCUAUAGAUAAUGAACGAGAUGGUGUCACUUACAGCUACUCCUUCUUUCACUUUAUGCUUUUCCUGGCUUCACUUUAUAUCAUGAUGACCCUUACCAACUGGUACAGGUAUGAACCUUCUCGUGAGAUGAAAAGUCAGUGGACAGCUGUCUGGGUGAAAAUUUCUUCCAGUUGGAUUGGCAUCGUGCUGUAUGUUUGGACCCUGGUGGCACCACUUGUUCUUACAAAUCGUGAUUUUGACUGAAAAUGGGACUUAUGGCAUGAAAGUCCCACUUUGAUCAUUGCUAAUUUGAAGUUAACAGUAUUACAACUUUUGUAAAGUU